GGCUGCCACCGCCCCCUCCGCGCCGCGGAGCGCUCGGAGCUCGGCGCGGCGCUGCCUGCACACGGGCUCCCUGCGGCGCUCCGGGUGGCGGCCCCCAGCUCGGCCCCCCGCUCCUCCGCCAUGGACGGGGCGGCUCGCCGGGGGGUGCUGGGCGCGCUGCUGGCCUGCGGGCUGCUCCUGCUGGGCGCCUCGGGCACCCCGACCCCGCCGGCCCCCGCCGGCGGCUCCCCGCAGGACACAUGCACCUCCUGCGGCUUCCGGCGGCCCGAGGAGCCGGGCAAGGUGGACGGGGAUUUCCUGGAGGCGGUCAAGAGGCACAUCCUGAGCCGGCUGCAGAUGCGGGACCGGCCCAACAUCACGCACGCCGUGCCCAAGGCGGCCAUGGUCACGGCGCUGCGCAAGCUGCACGCCGGCAAGGUGCGGGAGGACGGCCGCGUGGAGAUCCCCAGCCUGGACGGGCAGGCGAGCGCCGGGCCCCCGGCCCACGACCCCGUCUCCGAGAUCAUCAGCUUCGCCGAGACAGACGAUCUGGCCUCAUCUAGAGUCCGCCUCUAUUUCUUCAUCUCGAAUGAAGGGAACCAGAACUUGUUUGUCGUUCAAGCCAGCCUGUGGCUUUACUUGAAGCUGCUUCCAUAUGUCUUAGAGAAAGGCAGCAGGCGAAAAGUAAGAGUCAAAGUCUAUUUCCAAGACCCGGACACUAGCAACAAGUGGAAUGUGGUUGAAAAGAAAGUCGAUCUCAAAAGAAGUGGUUGGCACACUUUUCCCAUGACAGAGGCGAUCCAGGCUCUGUUUGAGAGAGGAGAAAGGAGACUGAACUUGGAUGUUCAAUGUGAGGGCUGUGAAGAGUAUUCAGUGCUGCCAAUUUAUGUGGACCCCGGGGAGGAAUCCCACCGGCCUUUUUUAGUGGUGCAAGCCCGCCUCGCCGAUAACAAACACAGGAUCCGGAAAAGAGGCCUGGAGUGCGAUGGCAGGACCAAUCUAUGUUGCAGGCAACAGUUUUACAUUGACUUUAGACUCAUUGGGUGGAAUGACUGGAUCAUAGCACCAUCAGGUUACUAUGGGAAUUACUGUGAAGGGAGCUGCCCGGCCUACUUGGCCGGCGUCCCGGGGUCGGCUUCCUCCUUUCACACCGCCGUCGUGAAUCAGUACCGAAUGCGGGGGCUGAACCCGGGCACCGUGAACUCCUGUUGCAUUCCAACCAAACUUAGCACAAUGUCAAUGCUGUACUUUGAUGAUGAAUACAACAUUGUGAAAAGGGACGUUCCCAAUAUGAUUGUGGAAGAAUGUGGUUGUGCUUGAUUUGAGGUGUGUGUUUUUUGGGGGGAGAGAGAGAGAGAACAUUCCCAUACGAGAUGGUGUUGGAGGAAGUUUCACUGUGUAUCCAGGCAUCAGUGUUGAAAAGUCACUGUGGAAAAGUUUGACGAAAAAAAAAAAAAUCAUUUCACUUUGGUGUCAGGACAGUGGCAGUUUGUGGAUCUUGGACACUUAUAUAUCCUACCACUUAUAAGUUAAUGCUAUGAAAUAUCUUAAAGACACACACACACACACACAGUGCGCACGCACACAAACACGCGCUCGUACACGCACAGACACACACACACAGACACAAGGCAGCUUGGAAAAGGGACAUGAGCACAGGAAGUCAGUGACCAGUGACAACGUACCUAAAUGCCUGCCAGUACGAGUGAACGGCUGCGCAGCUGUUUCCCCGCCUGCUGGCGAAGUCAGACCGAAACGAGCUCCCUUUGCUCAGGCAAAAGCACAGACUGCGAGAGCACGACGUAUUCUUGCACGCAGGUGUCAAAAUGACCAAACUUAGAAAAAAGAGAAAAAAAAAAAAAGUCGACUGUCACCUCUUAGGUCUAGCGGGAAGCUGCAGGACACCUGCCUUUGUAGGUGAUCACUUCCUCUUAAUUUAAAUUUAUCUAAAUAAAAGCAUCACAGAAACCCGUAUCUCCCUACAGCACUUCCAGCAAGGAAUCGCGUGGUGACAUCCGAGAGAGAGAAGGAGACAGACGCGUAGGCAACGGCUGUAUUUCUGACAUCGGGCUGUUGCGAAGUCAAAAGCUGGGCUGGCAUUGUCCGAUGCUUUAACUGACCACUAGCAUCCUGCGGAUGGCUGUACCUGUGGUGUCUCGGAGGAGGGGAUUUGACACCGUAUCUGGCCUGCGUUGACCGUGAGCAUCCCUCAGCGAUCCGAGAGCAAAGAGUCAAAGUUGCAAUCUGCGUUCUUCAACGGGGGACUCGGCAAGGGCCUGCCACGUGGGGAGCAAGCAGGCAAGCGACCGCUACCACGGCUAAACCAAUGAACCCUAAAGAGGAGUGACAGUCAUGCAGUGGAGACAUUCUGAAAAAAAUGCAGUGCAUUUAAUAAUGGGCGAGGAACAUUUUAACAAGUCUUGGAAAGGAGGAGAGAGGAGAGUGCUUUCAAUUUCCUUACCAGGAGGUGUCAAGGAUGGCCAUAAAGAUCAGAAAAUAAUGAUACAGCAUAGCACUUGCAAACUGCUUGAAUGCACGUAUAAUAGCACUUGCAAAUUUCAAUGCCUUGAAAAGUGGUACUUGAUAGUGCACUUAUCUUUGCUCACUAUCUAGGUAAACAGGUGCCGCAUGAGCUAUGCAAUUUAAAGUGUUGACCCAUACUAGACAAAACUGGACUUAUGAUAUGACUUUUUUAUAUUUUUUUAUACUUGAAAUUAAAUCUUUUGCUUCUUUUUUAAAGCGAAUGAUUGCUUUUAAUGUUUGCACUGAUUUAGUUGCAUGAUUAGUCAAAAAACUGCCAUUUGAAAAAAAUGUUAUUUUUAUAGCAGCAAAAAAUGAAUACAGUUAAAUGUAUUAUACAUAAAUUUUGGAACCAAAGAGGCCAACAUAUUAGUUAUAAUUUUUAUGAGAUGGCAAAGCCAUCAUAUAUCAUGUAGUCAUACUGAGCAAUCCCUCACGAGGCCUACCAAUUGUUUCAGGGUACAAAAUGGAUUCUGUUUGUUCUAUUCAGUGUCUUUUCUAUACCAUACGCACAUGGAAAGUAGAGUGAAAAAAAAUGACUAUUGUAGAAUACAUUACAAUAUGUGCAUCCUUUAAAUCCAAUUUUUAUGUUUAUUUAAUAAAGUUCCUUUUAGGUUCUGUUCCAUAAUAAUUUAAACCAAACAAAUUUCACUUAGAUUUGCUGUUGAAGUAUUUUACA